CGAUAGUAUUAUUCACAAAUAAAAUAUUGCUUUGCAACUACAUGACGAAACAUUCGCUCGUUUGCAACAAGCUACAAUUGUAUCUUCAACUUAAAUUGUAUCACUCAUUUCCUAUUUACAGUGCGUAAUUCAAAUCUUAUAACAACGAAUCAACAAAAGUUUAUUUAAUUAUAAUAAAACAAAUAUGAAUACAAUUAAUCCAUUAAAGCGUCCAUUAACAGUGCCAAACGAACCUUUGAAAUUGUUGGUUUGCAGGAUUUGUGAAAAAAAUGAUGUUUUGUUGAACCUGAAAACUUGUGGAUGCAUUUUCUGUGACUCUUGUGACGGUGAUCCUCGCUAUAAUUGUAAGUCAUGCAAAUCUGAGCUCGAUCAAAAGAUGAAAUUGUCGUUCACAAUGAAUCCAAGAUGCAAGUAUUAUGGACACAAGUGCUAUAAUAUUGCUGAAUAUAAGUGUAAAUGUCUUAACUGUUUUGUUUGCAGUUCAUGCCUUAUCUACAAUCACAGGAAAAGGGUCCGCGAAUCUUGUGUUCCUGAAAUAUUGAACCGCGAAAUUACCACUAAUGAUGAAAUAUGUCAAUUGUGCAAAGAAUUUUAUGCUGGAUUUAGAAUGACUUCACAACCGUAUUCAAAAAUUUGUUUGGACUGUAAAACAAAUAGUAAUGCUGCAUGUACUCCAAUUGAAGAAACUUCUGAUACAGAAGUAGAUUGGAAUCAGUUUUAUAAAGAUUUUGAACAAUUUUCACAAAAUGUGCCAGAUAAAAUUGGAAAAAUUAAGGAUGAAUUAAUAUCAACCAAAUUAGCUAUUAUACGGGAGAAAACUAAAUGCGACAGGGUAACAGAUGACAUUCAGAGAUUUUUCUUCAAACAUAGAGCACAAUAUGAAAUUUACAUUCGCUCACUUGAACAGAAACAUGAGAAUUUCAUAAAGAUUUCAGACAUUUUGAAGCCUGAUGGCAAAGUUAAGACCAUUUUGGAUCUACUCAAAAACAAACAAUUGACCUUACAUGGAGAACCAGGAAAAGAGCAAAUGAUUAAUUUGUUGAACUAUUAUCAAGAAAAAAAUAGCUACAAUCCUCGGUGUCCUGUCACUGAAAAAAUCAAGACAUUUAUUGUACAAAACAAUUCCAGUAGGCAACAUCUUUUGAAGUUUCCAUAUCCUACCACAUGCAACACACCUAUUUCGGAUGUAAGUUUUCAAGAAAUUGUCGACAAUGGAGUCAAGCCGUUUGUUAUUUUGGUUGAGAUACCAUCUAAAGUAAAUAAGCGUAAAAAAAUACUCGAAGAUAUUGAGAAACACCAAGAUAAAUGGGUUCGCAAAGAAAGUUUUGAUCACGGCGAGAUUGUGAUUAUAUUUGAUGCUGAUGCGCUUGCCGGUCCUAAAUACAAGAGGGCUAAAAUUUUGGAACGAGGAGAUGACAGUUCUGAGGUCUUUCUCCUUGACUUUGGAUUUGAAAUAACAGUCGAAAAUAGUUCAAUUGGUAAAAUUAAGGAAAUCAAAAUUGAUGGACAAAAAACUUGUUUCCUUGUUCAACUCACGGGAAGUGUUGAUUUACAAGCUACUACGCAAAAGGAUUUGAUUUCCAAAAUUUUCCGAUUCCAAAAUGAAUAUCCUAAGGCUAAGCACUUGCAUGUAGUUGAUUAGUCAGAGCGAAGUUUCUUUGCAAUUUUUUUUACAAUUCAAACUGUAUUGCAGACUGAAUGGUCAUGAUCCGGACUCAAGUUAUUGAACUUAUAUUUCAACAUUGUUUUCUAUAGCAAAACAUUUUUCGAUUAUCAUAUUAAUAGAAUCCGAACGAAUGAUCUAAACUCAUGAAAUUCAACAACAAGAUAGUUUUUUAGGUACAUAAUCAUACCUGAAGUUUGAUUGUAUUCUGAUGAUUUUUAACACUUUAAUAGCUGCAGCUUCAAAAAAGGCUAUUUCAUGGUUGUAUCAUUAUUAACGAAACGAAAUUAUACUGUUCAAUAAUGAACUUUCGUUGCCUUCAAAUUUUAUUUAACCCUAUUGAACAAAAUUCAUGCAUCAAAAAAGUAUAACCUGUCAUCUUGUAUCAUAAUUUAUCAUCAUAAAGAAAUUAUUUAUAAUAAAAUCACAGAAUGAAAUUAGUCUUUACUUUCAUUGAAAUGGAGAAAAAUGGAUUCAGAUUCAUAAGCAUACUUAU